AUGAGUGAUAUUGAUUAUGCUCUCACUUAUGACGAGCCAACCAGAACUGCUGUGAAUUCCACCGUUGAAGUGAAAAGGGUGCAUGAAGCUUGGAGGAUGGCGAAUAAGAAGUGUUUGUUGGAAAUAGAAAGUGCCAAGCAGUUUAUGGAAUCCAUCGAAAGGAAGUUCAAGGAAUCAGACAAUGCUGAGACCAAGAACCUGAUCUCUAGGCGUAAAAAAUAUCAAGAAAAGGCAUAG